ACGGUCCAGUCGUCGUUCUGUGGUCCUUUCUUUUAUGAUUCAGAAGGAAUGACCCUCUUCAUCGCCUCUCCUAAUUCAGUCCUCACAACAGUCCUUUUACAAAUGGGACAGCUUUACAGUCCUUUUACAAAUGGGACAACAGGUUAGAGGAAGUCAGGCAGAUUCCCAGCAUCAUAGAGAGUAAAGGACCAGGGAAGGAUCAGGAUUCAAGGACUGCACCCAGGCUCUGCUUCCAGCUUGCUGUGUGACUUUGGGUAAUUUUGUUCCCUUAGGGAACUGAGCUUUCUCAUUUGUAAAUGCGAACAGGCUGUUGGGAGGAUCAAAUGAGAUCCAGGGGUGAAAACAGCUUAGUUUACUUUCAGGAAUUUACCCACGCGGUAUAUAAAGGCAAAAUAUUAUUAUAGUCAGGUGAUUGUAGAUUGAGGAACCCAUUUCCUCAUUCUGCAAAUUGCAAACCUGAGGGCCCAAAGAGGGACAGGGGCUUGCCCCAGGUCUCAGCAGGCUGUGAGCAAGAGCUAAAGCCUAAUCCUCCUGCCUUUGGGCCUGGAGCCCUUCCUUGUACCCCAGGGGUCAGUGUCUUUGUUGGAUACAGGCUUAGAUUGACUGACUGUACCCUGAGAACCUAGGGGAGUCCCUGUUCCCAAUUCUUCUCCUACCCCCACCUUGGCCUGAUGGAAGAAGACCCUGCUGUGUUGAGAUGAGCACCAGAGCCAAGAAGCUGAGGAGGAUCUGGAGAAUUCUGGAGGAAGAGGAGAGUGUUGCUGGAGCUGUACAGACCCUGCUUCUCAGGUCCCAGGAAGGUGGCGUCAGCAUCUGCAGCCGCGUCGACGUUGUCGGAGCCUCCGCGGAGGACCCAGGAGAGCCGGACUAGGACCAGGGCCCUGGGCCUCCCCACACUCCCCAUGGAGAAGCCGGCGGCCUCUACAGAGCCCCAAGGGCCUCGGCCGGUCCUGGGCCGUGAGAGUGUCCAGGUGCCCGAUGACCAAGACUUCCACAGCUUCCGGUCAGAGUGUGAGGCUGAGGUGGGCUGGAACCUGACCUACAGCAAGGCUGGGGUGUCUGUCUGGGUGCAGGCUGUGGAGAUGGAUCGGACGCUGCACAAGAUCAAGUGCCGGAUGGAGUGCCGUGAUGUGCCAGCCGAGACACUCUACGACGUCCUACACGACAUUGAGUACCGCAAGAAAUGGGACAGCAACGUCAUUGAGACUUUUGACAUCGCCCGCUUGACAGUCAACGCUGACGUCGGCUAUUACUCCUGGAGGUGUCCCAAGCCCCUGAAGAACCGUGAUGUCAUCACCCUCCGCUCCUGGCUCCCCAUGGGCGCUGAUUACAUCAUUAUGAACUACUCAGUCAAACAUCCCAAAUACCCACCUCGGAAAGACUUGGUCCGAGCUGUGUCCAUCCAGACGGGCUACCUCAUCCAGAGCACAGGGCCCAAGAGCUGCGUCAUCACCUACCUGGCCCAGGUGGACCCCAAAGGCUCCUUACCCAAGUGGGUGGUGAAUAAAUCUUCUCAGUUCCUGGCUCCCAAGGCCAUGAAGAAGAUGUACAAGGCGUGCCUCAAGUACCCCGAGUGGAAACAGAAGCACCUGCCUCACUUCAAGCCGUGGCUGCACCCGGAGCAGAGCCCGUUGCCAAGCCUGGCGCUGUCGGAGCUGUCGGUGCAGCAUGCGGACUCACUGGAGAACAUCGACGAGAGCGCGGUGGCCGAGAGCAGAGAUGAGCGGAUGGGCGGCGCGGGCGGCGAGGGCAGCGACGACGACACCUCGCUCACCUGAGCGCCGCACCGCUUCAGGGACGGAGACAGGACCGGGCAAGCCCUGGGGCGGCGGCCGCUCCUGCGCUUUCUCCCCUCCCCCACCCGGCACCUCCUGGUGGCACCGGGCCAGGCCCAGGCGGGUGCUGCAGCCUGGCUGGACAGAGCCCCAAUAAACGAUCCCACAGCCUCA